AUGUCAUCGAGUCAGGGAGCAGUCGGAGGACAAAGGGCUCCGAAUGAUGAUCACCAGUUGUGGGCAGACACUGGCUGUGGAGAAUGUCACAAGUUGGAAUACACACGUAUGGUACAGUGUGAUGAAUGUGACGUGUGGUACCACUACGAGUGCGUGAAUGUAACUGAUGGUAUCGAACAUGUGGAUUGGAGUUGUAAGAACUGUGGUGGUGAAAACCAUGACGACUCACAGGAACAAGUGGAGCAGCAAGUAUUGCAACAGCAGCAGCAACAAUUGCAGCAGCAGCACCGACAAUUGCAGCAGCCACAAGGUGAUCAACAUCGUCAGCAGGUUACUCACUCCACACCCGUAAAGUCACAAACUCAGGAUGAUGUUUUCAAGAUGAACCGUGAUCUCGUAGAGCAGUUAAAGACGAUGCAACGGAUUCUAACAACCGAAAGAAGCCAACAUAAACGUCAGGUACAGCAAAUGCAGCAACAAACUGAUCAUCAAUUUUCGCAACAACCAGUGAAGCCUGUGCACUCCAAAGCGCCUGGAUAUACCGGUGCUGUGAAAAAGCCUGUAAAGGUGCCACAGGCAACUGAGGUCAAAUCAAAUGUGGACAACAAAAGUCAGUCGUCAAAGUACUCAAAGCGGUCGGCGAAGCUACGUGAACACCAGUUGAAAGCAUUGGAGGCCAAGCAGCUAUUAGAACGGAAGCAGUUGGUAGAGCGGUUAGAACUGGAACAGGCGCUACUGGAGGAGAGUGCGAGUGAAGCGGAAGACGAAGACACCGGUUCAGACACUAUAGCGAAAAUAAAAGAAUGGCUAAAGAAGACGGAUGAAAUGGGCAGGGAAUCUCUCGCACCUACAGUUUUGGAUGAAUCACCUUUACCUAACCAUCAAUCACCAAAUCAACCAGAAAUGUCACUAACCAGAUCGCAUCUGGCAGCGCGUCAGACCGUGAAAGAUUUACCCAGGUUUGGAGGAGAUCCUGAAGACUGGCCUCGGUUUAUAGCAGCUUAUGAGCGAACUACUAGAAUGUGCGCAUUCCGGAACGAUGAACUGCUAGAUAGAUUGGAAAGAAGCCUGUACGAUCGAGCGCUUUCUGCAGUGAAAAGCCUACUUCUUCAUCCUGAGAAUGUAUCAACGAUUAUUUCCCGCCUCAAAACACUAUUUGGAAACCCUGAGGUAAUCGUUGAAACAAUGAUCAAACGUAUCCGCAUGAUGCCAGCUCCGAAGGCAGAUAAGAUGGAGAGCAUUAUUGACUUUGGCGUCGCAGUGCAAAAUUUAUGCGCAACAAUUGAAGCAUGUCGGAUGGAAGAAUGUCUCUAUAAUGUUGCACUGCUGCAUGAACUAACUGACCUGCUCCCACCCUCCAUUAAAAUGAAUUGGGCACUACAUCGCCAAUCGAAGCAAGCUGUUACUUUGAAAGAUUUCAGUGAAUGGAUCGGAAAUCUUGUAGAUGCAUUUAGCAAAGUUACUGUACCUAUCGUGGUUUACCGGUGUCAAAAGCAGGAAAAACGCCGCAAUAAGGAGGAAGCAUUUCUUCACACCCACACUGAAGCAACGCCAAACAGCGAAGGAAAAUGUUGCCUUGCUUGCGGAGGAAGAUGUACAACGAUUACUGACUGCAGCGCGUUCCUGGAAAUGAAUACGCAAGCUCGAUGGACGCUAAUCAAGGACAAUAAAAUAUGCCGAAAGUGCCUCAAGAAACAUUUCAGUACGUGCGAAGUGAAUCAACCUUGUAACGAAGACGGGUGUACAUUCCUUCACCACCCACUGCUGCAUGACAAAUUUCGACACCGACCCAGUCGAAACAUAUCGAGCCCUAACACCUCUUCCAGUUACCAAGGAGUACGCGCAGUGAACACAAAUCAACAUUGCAAUACCCACCACUGUUGCCUUGGCACCGUAUUGCUAAAGUACGUUGAAGUUAUCAUAUACAGUCGACAAAGAGCUGUUAAGACUUAUGCGUUUAUAGAUGAGGGAUCUACGUGCUCCCUGAUGGAACAUAGUCUUUGGGAAGAACUGGACGUUGCUGGUGAGCCAUAUCCACUUUGCAUCAGUUGGACAGGUGGUCAAAAUAGGUACGAAAAUGACUCUGUAAGGUGUGCAAUCGAAAUAUCUGCAGCACAAGGACACCCACCGGAGAGAAACCGCAUGACAAACAUCCAUACGGUAAAAAGUUUGCAAUUACCAGCGCAGUCCAUCGUGAUGGAUGAUUUGUGUCAACAUUACCACCACCUGGUCGGUCUCCCUAUGGAUUCUUAUAAAAACGUUAGACCACGUAUUCUCAUCGGAAUGGACAAUGUUCAUUUAGCGCGUCUGGUUGACUGCAAGGAAGGAGGAGACGACCAACCGGUCGCGGCUAAAACUCCGCUAGGAUGGCUGAUUUAUGGACCAUGUUCUAUUGGAGAACGUAUGGAAGGACGAAUUGAGCAUAAUUUCCACAUUUGUGAAUGCGAAGCUCUACACUUUGCUGUAAAGGACUACUUCUCGUUUGACAGUAUUGGUAUACAAGCUCCUAGUCGACCAUUAUUGUCGAAGGCAGACGAACGAGCAUUGGAUAUACUACAAAGCAACACCAAGUUGAAGGGACACAGAUACGAGACAAGUCUGUUAUGGAAGUUCGAUGAUGUACAGCUGCCAGAUAGUCAACCGAUGGCACUAAAACGUUUUCAAUGUUUGGAGAAACGAAUGCUGCGAGAACCGGAACUAGCGAUAGCCAUGCAGGCGAAAAUACGGGACUACGUGGAGAAAGGUUAUAUUCGCGAGCUAACGGAAGAAGAGCUGAAGGCCUCUCAGUUGCGAGUGUGGUAUCUUCCCAUUUUUCCAGUAGUGAACGUCAACAAACCAGGAAAGCUUCGCAUUGUUUGGGAUGCAGCUGCAAUGGCACGAGGAACUUCGCUGAAUUCCUUCUUAUUGAAAGGUCCUGAUCAAGUCGCAUCGUUGGUUGCUGUACUACAACGUUUCCGUGAAUUCCUUGUUGCGAUAGCCGCAGACAUACGAGAAAUGUUUCUGCAAGUUUUGAUGAAUGCAAUUGACCAGCAUUGCCAAAGAUUCUUUUGGCAUAAUGGGCUACCCGGAUCCAGCCUGUCUGUCUACGUUGUACAAGUAAUGACAUUUGGUGCAACCUGCUCUCCUAGCUGUGCGCAAUUCGUUAAGAACACUAACGCACAACGAUUUGAAAGUCAAUAUCCCAGGGCAGUAGAAGUCAUCGUGAAAGAUCAUUACGUGGAUGAUCUUUUGAGCAGCGUGGAGACAGAAGCUGAGGCGUUAGAACUUAUUCGACAAAUUCAAUUCAUCCAUGGACAAGCAGGGUUUGACAUACGUGGAUGGUUAUCCAAUUCAAGACAUGUGUCAGAGUUGCUUAAAGAACAGCCUAAUUCUGAUAAAAAUCUCAAUAUCGAUUCUGAAUUGGCAACUGAAAAGGUCCUAGGAAUGUGGUGGAAUACUGCUGCAGAUGUGUUCACGUUUCGCCUAUCAGUUAAGCACGAGCAAGAGCUACUGGAAGGGAGUAGAGUACCAACUAAAAGAGAAAUUUUAAGGACACUUAUGACCAUAUUUGAUCCAUUAGGUCUGCUGGGGAAUCUUCUUAUGUUCCUUAAAGUUCUCCUCCAAGAAAUAUGGCGAAGCGGAACAGAGUGGGACGAGCCAAUCGGGGAAGCACAAUUCAUCAAAUGGCGAAUUUGGCUUAAGGAACUACCCAAGGUGGAAGAUGUGUCCAUUCCAAGGUGCUAUCGCAUCAAAACAUCCAACAAUGUGGAAACGAAUAAGAUCCAAUUGCAUAUUUUUGUUGAUGCUAGUAUCGAGGGAUAUGCAGCAGUAGCUUAUCUACGGUUCGAAGAGAAUGGCGUAAUUGAAUGCUCCCUAGUAACUGCGAAGACGCGUGUUGCACCCCUAAAAUUUGUUUCGAUUCCCCGACUUGAGCUCCAAGCAGCUGUCGUUGGAGCUCGAUUGGCGAAAAGUAUAGCUGAAAACCACCGGCUAAAAAUCCAGGAGCGUUAUUUUUGGACCGAUUCCAGAGACGUCCUAUACUGGUUAGCAUCGGAUCAUCGACGAUUUAGUCAAUUUGUUGGAUUUAGAGUGGGCGAAAUAUUGGAGACAACCGAAAUUGCGGAGUGGAAUUGGAUACCUUCACGUAAAAAUGUGGCAGACGACGGAACUAAAUGGCAACGAGCCCCCGAUCUCACACCAUCUGGACGCUGGUUUCGUGGACCGGAAUUUCUAUGGAAGCCGAAACAGGAAUGGCCUGGGCCACCAACAGAUCAACAUGUGUCAACUGUAGAACUGCGGCGUACGGUAAAUCAUCACUCAGUUGUAGAGGACGUGAUUAGAACAGAAAAUUUUUCGAGCUGGUGGCGCCUGUUACGUCGAAUUGUCUUCAUUAGACGGUUCCCUUUGAACAUCCGGAGAAAGCUGAAUGGACAGCCUAAAAUAGUUGGCUCGGUAACUCAAGAAGAAUUAUUGUUAGCAGAGUGUUACGCCUACCAGUGUGCACAGCGAUCCUCAUACGCAGAAGAGAUUGUGAUCCUACAGCUGGCAUCUCAGUCGGAUAGUAUUG